GGCCAUUUAUCACCGGCAGGGGUUAAUAAUGAAUGAAUCGCCACUGAGAGGGCAUUGCUGUGUCUCUACAUCCACAAGGAACUUGUGGGAUGGUCUCUUUGAUGGAGGCUACAGAGCAGACGUUGUUGUUUAUGCUGAUAAUGGUGGCGUUAUCUUUGCUCAUGCCAAUAUUCUUGGCAUGGCUUCUCCUAUACUAAAAGGCUUGUUAAAGCAAUCCACAGGCCUUGGCCGGAGGAAAUCAAUAUCUAUCCGAGGUGUUCCACGGGAUGCAGUACGAGUUUUUAUCCACAGAAGGAAUUGAGGUAUGGGAAAGAGGAAGUCAAAAGCAAAGCUGCCGCCAAGGAAGAGGAUGGACAAGCUUUACACUGUUUUCAGUUACCCCUUAUGCAACCAUGGCACCAGCGUUGAGUGCAAAAUGUGAAUAUCUGAUUCCCUAGGAAAUGCAUAGCUUAUGUCACCUCUGAUUUCCAAAGAGAAUCGAUGCUCCUGUGGCUUCUUUUACCCAUCUCAGCAAAAAGGCCACAUCAGACGCAUAGGUAGGGGUUGAUGCGCGGCUUGUUAAAAGUCAACGGAAUGAUGAUGUCGACCUUAAGAGGAGCUGAUUUGCCACUACAGGUAAGUUAAGUUGAGGGGUUGGUUUGCGGGUGAAAUGGGUUGAGCGGGUAAUUUGCCACCACAUGAUGACUUAAAGGGGUGAUCUGCAUGUUUUGCUCUUCUCAAACACAAAAUGAAGGGAGAGAAGAAAUUAGAGAUUGGAUGGAAAAAGAUUUGAAAUAAUACAACACAAUUUGGGAU